AUGAUUCUUAUUCGUGGGAAUCGUUUUAUGAGACGUCUUUCACUUUAUCACUGCAAGUUAUGUAUGACGAUAUACGUGGUGGUAGCAGUUUUCUUCAUCAUAGCCAGUUUGCCGAAUCUUCCACCUCGUGUCGUUUACACUCAUCCUGAUGAACUUACUGAUAAGGAGCUCUGUAGCCAACCAGGAAGCAAAGUCUGUUGCCCGAAAACUGAAGAGCUUGAUCUAACCCAAUAUAGUUCAGAUACUCCCACAGAUUUUCUUAACUUGUUAUAUGAAGCUCAGCAUGUUUGUGAGGGGAGUUGGAAACCGCAAUGUGUGUCUUCACAAAAAAUAGCUGUCAUUAUACCCUAUAGGGAACGAGAAAAGCACCUUAAGUUGUUAUUGCCAAGACUACAUGCUUUGUUGCUACGACAAAAUAUGCCGUAUUAUGUUUUUGUGAUUGAGCAGGCUGGAACCACUCCUUUCAAUCGUGGACUACUAUUUAAUGUUGGAGUUUUGCAUGCACUGGAUAUUGAUCCAGAUAUUAAUUGUUUUAUCUUUCAUGAUGUUGAUCUUUUACCUGAAAAAAGUGAAAAUUUUUAUAUUUGUGAUACAGAAUUAAGACAUUUAUCACCUGCUGUUGAUGACUUACGAUAUCAUCCACCAUUUGUAAACAGUGCAGGAGGUGUUGCUGCUAUGUCUAAAGAGAAUAUUUUCAAGAUCAAUGGAUUUCCAACACGUCAUUGGGGUUGGGGUAGUGAAGAUGAUGAAUUUUCAGCACGUGGUUUAAUUUAUAAUUUAAAAUUAACUAGACCACCAGAAUUUAUUGGACGUUAUAAAACACCAAGACAUAAAAAACAUUCUAUAUCUAUAAAACAUCAAAGUGAAUUUAUUAAAUUUCGUAAUUAUUUACAUGAUGGUUUAACUAUUUUAAUACAAAAAAAUUUUUAUCAAACAUGGAAAUUAGAAUCCAUUCAUAAAAAAAUCAAUAAAAUUGUAUUCAAUCAUCAUCAUCAUAAUAAUAAUAAUAAUAUUGAAACAUUUAAAAUUCCUUCAUUUUUAAAUGAAUGUACGCGCCAAAAUAUUUUUAAACAAUUAAAUAUUACUAAUGAUUCUUCUAUUGAAAUUAUUCAUAAUUUAAAACAAAUUUCAUUAGAUAAUAUUCAAUUAUUAAAUUAUUUUUCACGGGAUGAUUUAUUUAUACAUUUUAUAUUUGAUCCAAUAGAUUUAUAUAAACAAUAUAAAAGUUUAAUAAAACCUAAAGGUAAUCAUACUGAUGAAUCUUUAUGGUGGUUUCUACAUUUCUAUGGAUGGAUAUAAUAUAUAUCUGCUAUAGGAUAUAUAUAUAUAUAUACUUUUUGCUUGUACCAUAUAUAUUUUGAUUACGUAAUAGAUAAAUCACCUUCAGAAUGGAGUUGUAUUUUGCAGUUAACAACCGAAGCAAUCUCUCGAUUUAUAUAUAUAUAUAUAUAUAUAUAUAUAU